AUGACGGAAGAGUAUUCAUACGACGACGCCAUUGAAGGACUGAAGCAGCUUCUCAGUGAGAAAAGCGAGCUUGAAACCAUCGCCGCCGCGAAAAUCAAGCAACUAACGGCUGAUCUGGAGGCGGCCUCUACCAAAGCCGUUAACCCGGUAGAGAGGAUAAAGACCGGAUUUGCUCAUUUUAAGACAGAAAAAUAUGAAAAGAACCCAGAUUUAUAUGAAGAGCUAUGCAAAGGACAAAGUCCCAAGUUCAUGGUAUUUGCGUGCUCAGAUUCUCGGGUUUGUCCAUCACACAUCUUAGAUUUCCAACCAGGUGAAGCGUUUAUGGUUCGAAACAUUGCAAACAUGGUCCCUCAAUAUGACAAGAUAAAGUACUCUGGAGUGGGGGCAGCUCUUGAAUAUGCGGUAGUGCAUCUUAAGGUGGAAAAUAUUCUAGUAAUGGGGCACAGCUGCUGUGGUGGGAUUAAAGGACUCAUGUCUAUCCCGGACGACGGGACAACACAUUCUGACUUCAUAGAGGACUGGGUAAAGAUAUGUGACAUUGCGAAAACCAAGGUGAAAGCAGAGUUCGGGGAUUUGGAUAUUGCAGAACUAUGCACCCACUGUGAGAAGGAGGCUGUGAAUGUUUCCCUAGGGAACUUACUGACUUACCCUUUCAUUAAAGCAGCAGUGUUGAAUAGAUCACUUUCGCUACAGGGAGGAUACUACAACUUCCUCAAGGGUAGUUUCGACUUUUGGUGUCUUGGUCAUGCUAUUUCACCCUCUCUUUCUCUAUGAGUGUUUUCUUUUUCUUAUAUCCAAUGUUUCCAAUAAUAUGUAUAUUUAAACUAGAAAAGAUAAGGUGAAAUAAAUCCAUGACAUGACAUGACCUACCCCUAAACUAAACUACUAAUGUAAGGGUCUUCAUGAAUUUAUAUAUAUUAGACACAAAUCACAUGUGACAAUUGAUAUGUUUGAUGUUUGUUUGUUUACAUUUAUUUUGCCAUUUUUUCCAAUAUAUAAUCUUCUGAAACAGGAUAUACAACAACCUUUCCAGUAGCUCGACCAGUUUCAAGGUAUGCAAAAGCUUCUUUGACCCGGUCAAACGGAAAUGGACCAUUUGGGUCAAGCACAGCCUUCACCUUCCCAUCCUCCAAAUACGGAUUCAAUUUAGUCAAAGUGGAACCAGUUGACGUCACCACAAAUCUAAACCCUGGUUCUGCCACUGCACCGGUUAACACCACCACACUGCCGCCUUCC